AAGUGAAGUAAGAAAAUGCCUGAACCCGCCAAGUCAGCGCCCAAAAAGGGCUCCAAGAAAGCCGUGACCAAGACCGCCGGCAAGGGCGGCAAGAAGAAGAGAAAGACCAGGAAGGAGAGCUACGCCAUCUACGUGUACAAGGUGCUGAAGCAGGUCCACCCCGACACCGGCAUCUCGUCUAAGGCCAUGAGCAUCAUGAAUUCGUUCGUCAAUGACAUCUUCGAGCGUAUCGCCGCUGAAGCCUCCCGCCUGGCCCACUACAACAAGCGCUCCACCAUCACCUCCAGGGAGAUCCAGACCGCAGUUCGCCUGCUUCUCCCCGGUGAGCUGGCCAAGCACGCAGUGUCUGAGGGCACAAAGGCCGUCACCAAGUACACGAGCUCCAAGUAAACUGCAUCUUUACUUAAUCCCGAACAACGGCUCUUUUCAGAGCCACACAUCUCUUCUAAAGCGUACAUGUCCUGACUUUAUUUAAUUUGUAGCUGUCAUGAUGGUGAAACAUAAAUUACAGCUUGUGUUACUCUUGUAUGCUUUGAAUAAAAAAAGAAGAGAGAUUUCAAGGACUUAAUGAUGGACCACCUGACCAGAACAGUCCUAACGCCAUCACUAUAUCAUUUAGCAUUAUUACUAUUUGGUUGGUUUUGUAGUUUUGUUUUUUUGGGGGGGGGGUCCAGUUUUGUGGUCCCUUGUCUGCGAAAAGCACUGAAUAAAUACACUAGUGGGUUUCUCAGAAAUAAUGACAUGUGAACAAGAGCUUAUUGAGCUCAUCCUGGUGAGGCAAAUGUUUGGCUUCAAAUCACAAUUCUGAUCGUAAAAUCCUGGACAGGAUUACAAAUACAAUAAAUAAACGCGAUUCGUUUCAGUUUCACAUUUCAAACUACAGUGACAUCCUCCGUGUGUGUGUGUGUGUGUGUGUGUGUGUGUGAUCUAUACAUGUGUUAAUCGUUUUGAUGUAGUUCAACACUUAUGCUAGACUCUGGGUGAAACGUUAAGAGGGUGUGUGGUUUUUGUUACAAAUACGGACACUUGGGUUUAGUUUGAAAUAAAAAUGUGAACUCCA